UACUUCGUUUGAAUCAAAAUUUCAUGUAAACAAUUUCGGUAUCAAAAUUUAGCGUAUUCAAAAUUAACCUACACAAAGAUGUUAAAACGGGCCUCACUGGCACUAAGCCGGUUUCCGCAGGCUUGCUGCCGCACUUGUAACUGCCGUACCCGGCUAACAAGGGGCGUCCGGACUUUAGCCAAGAUUGACUGGCGCUGGAAGGCCCUUAAAAGGCUACGGAGCAGUUUAAUAUGUGAGGCUGGUAUCAGCUCGAAACCACAUUGCGUGCCCGACUUUUGUCCUGGGAAGGCUGAACACCUGGAACACGAAAUGCCCGAUUUUGAGCUGGUGAAUCGCAAAAGCCUUCAAGAAAGUGCCAGCCUUGGUGGAACGACUAAGUCCAGCCGCAAUGAUUUUGGAAAAGGCCAUGGAAAGGGUAAGAAAGGUGGCAGGAGGUGCAUGAGCGGGGGCGGGAAAAAAGAUGGAGGCGAUGGCGACGAAAAUUGCGACAAGGAAGAUGAGGCAAACCUGGCCGAGAUGUGCAAGGAAGAGGCUCUGAAGGAACAAUGCAAAAAAGACGCCCAAAAGGCGAGGUGCAAGGAACUGGCCUUGGCAGAAGAGUGCCGGAAAUAUCAUUUCUCUAAGAAUUGUCUCAAGUGUAUAAAGUUAGCAAGAGCCGACAAUGAAGACGAAGACGAAUGUAAGAAAAAGGAACCGACCGAGGAGGAACUAAUAGCCAAGCUUAACAAGGAGUGCCAGGAAAUGGCUGACCGCAUGGAAUGUGAGAAACAGGCCAAGAUAGAGGAGAUAAAAGAGGCUUGCCGGCUCCAGAAGAUUCGCGAGGCUUGCGAGAAAUUCGAGAAGGAAGAGAAGAAACGUCUGGCAGAGGAGGAAAGGUUGCGAUUAGAAGAGGAGGCGCGUCGCAGGGCCGAAGAGGCAGCUAAUAAUCAGCCCAAAUUAUCUGAGGAAGAGAUCAGGGAAGAGUGGAGAAAAAUGGAGGCGGAGGCCAUGUGUAAGGCCAGAGAAGUCCAAAAAGAACUCAAGGAGGCCGCCGAGCGGGCAAAGGUCCGGAAGGCAAUACUUAAGUGCCGGGAGAUAGAGGCCAUGGAGGAGUGCCGCUUGGCAGCCGAAAGGGCCGAGGCCGAAAGGCUACGGGCCGAAUGCGAAAAGGCUGCUGCUGCGGCUGCCGAUAAGGACGCAGCUGAACGAGCGGCCAGGGAGGCUGCCGAGCGUAAAAAGUGCGAGGAGCUGGCCGAGGAGGCCAUGUGCCUGGCCUACAGCGAAAAGAUCGAGGCCGAAAAGCGGGCCCAGCGAAAGGCGCAGUAUGCCAGGGAGGACCAAGAAUACGAUGAAGAAGACAACAUGGACGACUGCGCCAAGAAGCGCCUGUCGAAGUUGUGCAAAAAGUUUGCUCAGGAAGAGGAAUGCGAAAAGCUGGCCAAUAAGGAUCCCUGCGUCGAGGCAGCAGAAAGAGCGGCUGACAAAAAGUGCAUGGAAGUUGCACUAGAACAACAGUGCGAAAGGAUCAAAAAGGAUGCCUUGUGCAAGGAGCUGGAGAAAAAAUAUAACAUCAGUCCCAAAGCGGUAAAGAAGUCAUCGUCUUCAUCUUCCAAAGAUGCAAAGGCAUCCCCGCAACAGAAAGCCAAGGCGGCCAAGGCCCUCGCUGCCCAAAAAAAGAAAGAAGGCCUCAUAGCCAAAUGCAAAAUGAUGGCCUUAAGAAAAUUAAAAUGGAAGAAAAAGAAGGCAAAUGCUAUAAAGAAAAGGUGUCAGAAAAUGGCUGCAAUACAAAAAUGCAAAUGCGACAGGCUGAAGAGAAGAAUGCAACGGCUGGAGGAAUAUUGCAAGAAAAUGCGUGAUGAAAAGGCCAAAUCCUUGAGCAAAGCGAAAUAAUCCGGCCAAGACUCCAAGCAUUCACUAUUAAGUCGCAUGAUUUAAAAUCCGCUUCCAUUUAAAACAAUACCAAUGGCCCUUAAAAGCCUUGUGUGGCCCCGUAACAUCUUUGCUUUCUUAAAUGUGUUUUAUUACGAGAAGUGUCGUACAUUGGUUUUAGGCACUAUUGCUGGCAUAUUCAAAAUUUUUAAAUAAAUCGUUUUGAGCACAAAA